AUGAGGUGCGGCCUCUUCCAUCCGAUAGAUCUGGCCCUCCUGAAGAACGGUCCCAUGGACAUCGCCCUCCUGUUGCUCCGUGUGCUGAUUGGCCUCCUCUUCGUGAUAGAUCUGCCCUCCCCGAAGCGCGGCCUUCUGGACCUCUGCAACCUGCUGCCUAUGCUGCUGGGCGUGUCUGACUUCGAGGGCCCGACAUACUUGCAGACGCUCUACGGCAUGGAGAUGCAUGACGACGAGCGCGCCCCUGACGACGAGGCGGACGUUCUCCUUGAAGAGCCUGCUGACGAGCCGGCUGUGGUACCCUCCGGCACUGACCUCGCUGACCCGCUCUUCUUGGAGAUGAUGCCCUUACUGGAGGCGCACCCCUCCAAUGGAAGCGUCGAGACUCAGACGAAUAUGACCUACAACGGUGGCAACCUGUCCGCGGUCUUCCCCGACUACAUCCCCAGCGAGAACUACGACGACGGCGCCGUCCUCGGCGACCAUUCCCUCGUCGACCUGGACGCCGACGCCGUGCCUGCGAGGGGGGCCGUCAUCGACCACCACGGCGCGAACCCUCCGCUCUCCAAGUACCACCGCGAGAUUGCUCCUGUACAUCAUGAAGAGAUCUCCGAACAGAAGAUCGAGUAUGCGAUGCGUACCCUGGACAUCUGGUGCCCCGUGAUCCCUGUGGACAAGAAGGAACUCUUGGGUGAUUGGCCUGUCUCCCUCGAGCUCUUCGCGGGCGAGGACGCGAUGCUGCGCGACAUAGAGGACGAGGACGACCCUGCGCUCGGCAGCCAGGCACUCGCUGACGCCCCGCUCCAGUCGGGUGUUCUACCUCUUCCUGCUGAAGGUCUCGCUGGUACCUCCGCGGCUGGCGAGGGUGCCUUCCCAGACCACGCGCCCUUCGACUCCGUGGCGCAGGUGGCGUUUGGAGACGGGAUCAUGAUGAACUGCGACGGCGUCGCCAUCUCGGACCUCGCGUCCGUCGGGGACGCCCUUCCCGACCUCACUCCGAGCUACCCCGAGCAGCUCGACAACGCUGCCGACAGCUUCGUCGGGUUUUUCGCGGACGCCAGCGGAUCCCUGGACUUCUACAACGCGAGCCUGAGAGGCUCGGCGCAGACGAUGCUCGGCGGCGGGCACGUGAACAAGGACAUGCAGCAGUUCAUGGAGUGGGACGGGAAGGUCUGCCGCUUCUACGCCGUGAUCGACGACCUCAGCACCUCCACUUUCGAGCGACGCCCUUUCGUCAUCCUCUAUUUCCUCGCGGACGACACCUUCCAGAUUCG